UGACAACACAAGCUAGCAGAAGAAGAAUACAAAAUCUCUGGAGAAAGUUGGAAACUUGGGAAGAAUGACGACAAUUUCCGAUCUAUCAGAUGAUUUGGUUGGUGAGAUCUUUUCUAGGGUUCCAUUUACAUCUCUAAGCGCAGUGCGAUCUACUUGUAAAAAGUGGAAUGCUUUAUCGAAAAGUCACAUCGUUGGUAAAAAAUCAGCAUCAAGGAAUCAGUUUCUGGAGUUCAUGGUUACAGAUUCUAGGGUUUGUUCUUUGAGAUUAGAUCUCCAAGGAAUCCGUAACGACGACGAAGAAGACUACGUUGAUUCAUCUAUGAAGCAGAUAAGUAUACCUAAUAAUGAUGAUCAAGUCGAGAUAUCUCAAGUCUAUCACUGCGAUGGCUUAUUGUUAUGCAUCGCCAAAAAUAACUCGAGUCUUAUGGUAUGGAAUCCGUAUCUGGGGCAAACGAAAUGGAUUCGACCCAGAAACACAUUCCACAGAGCUGACAGCUUUGCUCUUGGAUACGACAACAACCGUAACCACAAAAUCUUGAGGUUUCUUUAUGAUGCCGAGAGAAACAGAACCGGUCAAGGAUGGGUCAUUGAUGUAUACGAUUUUAGUUCUGAUUCAUGGAGGGUUCUUGAUGUUAAUGCCGAUUGGGAUGAACUGUUUUAUCAGAGUGGCGUGUCUUUGAAGGGAAAUUCAUAUUUUUUCGCUCGAGAGGUAACAACAGAGGCAGAAGUGGGGAAAGAAGACUUGUUGGUAACAGAGAUUGAAGAUUAUUUACUCUGUUUUGAUGUUACAACAGAGAGAUUUGGACCGCGUUUGUCUCUGCCGUUUAACCAUCCCUCUCCUAUUUUUGAAUAUUUGACUCUAUCUUGGGCUAGAGAUGAUAAGCUCGCUGUGUUAUAUAGCCACUACGACACAUCUGAGAUUUACGAGAUUUGGAUUUCGACUAAGAUUGAGCCCAACGCCGUAUCGUGGAGCACUUUUUUGACAGUGGAUAAGUCACUAAUCAAUGGUUUUUCAACUUUCUAUGACCCUAUGAGCUUCUUCAUUGAUGAGGAGAAGAAAGUAGCUGUGUUUUUUGAUAUUAAAGGGACCGAGACCGGUUGUUACCAAAUCGCUUGCAUCAUUGGAGAUAAUGGAUACUUCAAAUCUGUCAACAUUGGAGUAAUCUCGAACUCCCAGUGGAAACAAGGCAAACUUGUGUGCUCUUCAUAUGUUCCAAGUUUAGUGCAACUGCAAGAUUAGUCCAUUUUCUUCAAUACUAUUAUUUGUUUCUUGCUUUGAACAAGGCUGCUUUUAGUUUGAAGAAAGAGUUGACAUAUAAGUAUGCAACUAAAGAUCUCUUUUUCCAGUAAAGUUCCAACCUGAUGAAAUCUUUGUACAAAUUAAAGAUUGCCUUAUACAUGAAGUCUUUAUUGGCUGUAUGCAGUAUAUAGUACUUAAGCUC